AUGAUGAACCACAGUAUUAAGGUUCAGAGGGCCACCUCAGUUCUCCUGCUCUUGCUGCUGUGCUCCUUUGCCAGGGCCAAGCAAGCUGUGCCAGACUGUUGCCAGCAAAAAAGCUGUUCAUGCCGCAUCUUUGAUCUGCUCCAUGGGAUGGGCAACCAUGCCGCCGGCAUCCUGACCAUUGGCAAACGUGGCAGUACCACGACUACUAAGGGUUUCCAGAGCCGCCUUUACCGCCUUUUGCAUGGGUCAGAAAACCAGGCUGCUGGGAUUCUCACAAUGGGCAAGAGAGCAAGUGGGAUACCCUUGCGCCUCAACAAGAAUGCGCCCAGCAUCUCCCAGAUGAUGCCAACUCCUGUGCUGCAGAGCCUGACCCAGUCAUGGGAUGCCUGAUUCCCCAGAAGACCAGUGCCAUAAAUCACAAUUACUAAAAAAUUACAAAUAAGGAAACCCUUUUCAAGAGUUUGCACAAGUCCUUCCUGCUUUCUAUCAUCACUGCUGUUAGUUGCUAUUUUACACCAGCCAGGUGCUAGGUGCUGCCCAAAGAUAGCAGCGGUGCAGUUCUUUCAUUCUGUAAAUAGUUCUUUCAUUUAUCUGUCACCACAUUCUCUUCCAAAUAAAGCCUCUUGUGUUUAAUAACUGAAAAGAUCUGUGUGAAUUCAACCC